GAGGAGGAGGAGGAGAUGAAGGUGGGCCUCCAGGGACUCCUCACCAGGAGAGGAUCUCAUAGUGCGCGACGCUGCGGCGCAGCUGGGAACCCGGUGACGCUCCUUGGGACCCGUUGGGACUCGCACGGCUCUGUCUGCAGGACUCGCGCUUCGCUCUCGGCACAAGUGGAGCAGCGCUCGGGGAGACGUCAUGUCCUCGCAGGGCUUGCUGAGCAGCGUGUUCUCGUGCUCGCUGAGCCCCAAAACUCUCUCCAAACGGAGCCUCCGACAGACCAGGAGUUUGGACUCGACGCUGACGAGGCACUGCGGGACCGACGCGGAGGAGACGUCGCUGAAGGUCGGCGUCCCGGGAGGCUCGCGGCGGCCCGGCGGCUCGGCGGCGCAGGGUGACUUCACCUGGAACAGCGUAUCGGGACGUAACGUUGGCCUGAAGCCCGUCCCUCUGCAAAGCCUCUCAGAGUUGGAGAGGGUUCGUCUCCAGGACGUGGCCUUCAGACGAUUGCUGCGGGACGGGGACCCAGGCUGCCCCAUCACAAUCCCUAAAUAUGGCCACAAGCACAAGAAGUUACUGAGGCGGAAGUUAGAUUCAUUAUCUAAGGAGAAGAGUAAAGACAAAGAGACAGUGCCCCAGGCGUUCGGCAUCCCUCUGUCGCAGGUCAUAUCCAACGACCGCGCACGCAAGCAGCGGCACGACCCCCCGCGGGGGGAGCAGGGCGAGUUGACGCUGUCCUUCCUCAACUUCAACUACAGCUUCAGAAGGGGCAACAAGGAGCUGUCCAGCAGCGGCUCGUCCCUCAGCUCCACCUCGGAGACCCCCAAUGAGUCCCCUCGGCUCGGCACAGCGGACGCAGCCCCACGGACACGCAGGCGGGGUGGCGUAUCAGUGGAUUGCAUCACUGACCUUGAUGAUAACCAGUCUCGGCUCUUGGAGGCCCUUCAGCUCUCUCUGCCGGCGGAGGCGGCCGGCAACAGGGAGAAGCGACGAGACAAGAAACUCAGCCUCAACCCCAUUUACAGGCAGGUGCCCAGGGUGGUGGAUCUGUGCUGCCGGCACCUGGAACAAUACGGCCUGCAGACGGUUGGAAUUUUCCGUGUUGGAAGUUCCAAGAAGAGGGCGCGACAGCUGCGCAAGGAUUUUGACCAGGGCUGGGAGGUGCAUUUGGAUGAGGAUCAAAGCGUCCAUGAUGUAGCUGCGUUGCUUAAAGAGUUCCUCAGAGACAUGCCUGACCCGCUGCUAACAAGAGAACUCUACACGGCCUUCAUCAACACAAUGUUGCUGGAGGAUUCGGACCAAGACAGCGCCAUCCAGCUCCUGAUGUUUCUGCUUCCUCCCUGUAACAGCGACACGCUGCAGCGCCUCCUGCGCCUGCUGUCCACAGUGGCCGCGCACGCCGACGACACCUUCACAAAGGACGGGGAGAGGAUCACAGGAAACAAGAUGACAUCACUCAAUCUGGCAACCAUCUUUGGACCCAACCUCUUGCACAAGCAAAAAAACUCAGACAAAGAGUUUGCGGUCCAGAGUUUUGCCCGUGCGGAGGAGAGCUCAGCCGUCAUCAGCGUGGUCCAAAGGAUGAUCAAUACAUAUGAUAACCUUUUCAUGGUUCCUGCUGACAUUCAGAACGAGGUGCUAAUGAGUGUGCAAGAAACUGACCCUGAUGUUGUGGAUUACUUACUGCGAAGGAAGGCCUCUCAGGACUUUGAGCCAGGCCUCCUCGGUGCAGGGGAUCCCUUCUCUCCGACUGAGCGAUGCGUAUCCAACGACUCCAUCGAAGCAUCUAGUGGAGAGGUGUCUCCGUACGAUAACAACUCUCCCGUCCUGUCUGAUCGACUGCUGUGUAAAUACCCCGAAGAUAGCGGCCUCUCAGAAAGGGACCCCAGACUUUCUGGGCAGUUCAAACUCAGCAGCCGUAGUAAAGACGGAUCCGGCAGCGCCUCUCCUACACUUUCUACAGAUAAAGAGGCCUCAACUGACAAUUUCUGGGACACCUGGCACGAACUAUUCAGCAAGGACUUUACGGGCCAUCAUCUUACUGGCUCCCUCGGGGACGUGUCGGAAUGUGAGUCGGACGGAUCUUCAGAGGGGCUGAGCAGUCACCAAGGUAACAACAAGCUGCCCGUCAGACAGUCACAAACCCCAUUGGGCGUAAUGGAAAUAAGACCACACCUCUCGGUGACUCGCAGCUGCAGUGGUCCUCACGACCAGAGAGGACAGAGACCACCCACGUCAUUACCUCAGGGGUCGAGCAGCCAAUCAGCAGCCUUCAGCUCCGAAAGCCCGGCAGGAAAGACGAGAGCCUGCGCAUCGAUUAAGGUCGGGGCGGACGGUGUGUCUCGACCUGGCUGCUCUGGGCGGCUGAGGGAGACCCACAUGUCUCGGUCCACGCCCUCUCUCUUCUCUCAUCAGCCCGACGCACAAACCCAGCAGCAGCAGCAGCAGCAAAGCCCCGCCCCUCAGGCCGCAGGUAGCGCAGACGCCUCGGGGCCCGGACUACAAAAGCGCCUCGGUACACCGAACUGGCAGACGGAGAGGUGGCAUAUAUGGAAUAUACUGUCAAAAGACAAUGCAGACGCUCUGCCCGAGACGUUGGUUUGAUGCACCCUGUGACUGUGUUGAACAACGUGGUCAAGGGGUCAUUCUCCUGUCACAGCAGCAGUCGCCGAAAAUGCCGCCGUUCGUAUAUGCAGUGUUAGCUAAUGUGUCUCAUUGAUGGACAGAUGGGCCUUUCAUUGACCACCACUUAAGAUGGUGGUGAUAUUGCUGUUAUUUUUUCAAAGGCGCUUGUGUAAGUGUUUAUAUAUUCAUAUUAAUGUGUCAUCAUUACAUAAAUUAUAUUUUUUUUGUGUAUAUUUGAAUGAGUUGUCGCCAUCAACGCAGAGAUUAUUUGAAAUACAAUCAUGAAAAACUUCUAUUUACACCUGACAUAUUGUCACAAUUAGACUUGAAAGGUAUUCAUUUGAAACAUGAAUGUCUUUAAGCUGAAUGUAACUCUAUUAUGCCUAUAUUGUCAUAUUGCUUUAAAUGUGUACCGUAUAAGGUACCUUGGCUUCUUUUAAGAUUUAGUUUUAUUCAGUUUAAAUCCAACUAUAAACUACUUGUAGAAAUGCUGCUGCAAUUUCAGAUUUUGUAUAUCAUCCAAAGUUUUGACACAAAUUAUGUAGGAAGUUGCAUGGAGUUUAUUUCUGUGGUAUGGUGUGAGACCAUCCUAUUGUAACAUAAUGGGAUAAGUGAUUGCAAAGUGGUGGAGGUCAGGACAUACAUUUUUUGUAAGAUUGUUUAAUAUUCAGUGAGGCAUCUCUUCCCUUGAGGGUUAGUUGUCGUAAUCUUUUUGCCCAUUGCCAUGUAAUUACCCAUAUCUUACAAGUUGAUCUCAAAUCGUCCACAGCCACAAACUAACUAAUCAACAAUGUAGAAAAGGAUGUAAAAGUAAUCAGGGUGCAUAUUGAAUACCUAUAACAACUGUGUGUUCUGAUGCAUGGGAACAUAAGAAUUUGAUCUUUUCACAUAGAAUCUAAUUCAGAAAUUUACAUGAAGUUAAAUUAAAUGUUUACUUAAGUAAAAAAAAGAAAAUUGUUUUACAGUCAAACACUUGAAAUGAUGAAGGCACUUGCAAAUGACACAGAUCUCAUGGAGUCUAGUCAUAAAACAUUGAAACAAUUACCUGAAAUGGCCACAAGAGGGAAGUAUGAGACCAGGAAAUGGUUUUCAAUUUCCUUUUCUUCCCCUAAUUGUAAUGCAAUGUGGGUAUGCACUGGGAUUUAAUGACUCAUUACACACUGAAAAGCUAUUAGUUCAGUUUCUUUCUUAGUGGACCCUAUGAUCGGGAUGUCGGGGAUUACAUGUGUUACGGACGAUUGCUUUUUACGUAAAGAUCUAAUCUUUCACUCUUGUCUCUCUAGUGAAGAGUACCUCUUUUAUCAGCAGCAAUCUUGCUCCAUAUGAAUAAAAAAAGAGAGAUCUGAGCGGAGACGAUAACAAUAACAUUUGGCAUUUUAUACUACUGGAAUUGCAAGAAGUGCCCACAGAAGUAUGCAAUUAUGCAGGAAAUGGCCACUAUUGAAAUGUGGCACAGAUUACCGGUGGUGUAUAACAAUCUGCGAAUGCCGUUUUGAGGAAACAACAGUAUUUUAAUUUGCCCUAAAGUGUUGUAACUGAUUGAAUUCAAGACAUUGCGUUUAUAGGUUUGUGUUUUAAAGUAAGGACUCCCAAUAUGUUUUGACAAUAGGCAUCAUCUCCCUGAUAAUAAACACUUCCCUUGUUAAGAAAAGCCUGGAGAUUUGCUCAGCACAGAGGCAUGUGGCUGAACCUCCUAGGCCGUAUCUGGCUGCACACGUGUGCGCCAAGCUGCAUUUGGCCAGCACACAAUCCCGUUCUGACCGAAGAGACAGAACAGGCUGUCUGGUUGUGUUUUACAGAACACGUGUCGUUUUCCUACCCUUCUGCAUCUGCACUGCAAAUGCAAAAUUGCAGUUUGCAUUCAGUAUCCCACUGAAAGCAGCAUUGAGAAACAAAAAAAGAAACGGCCUGGAGAUGAUUGCCCCCCCCCCCCUUAAUUUUUGACCUGCCUCCCAAAAGCAAAACAAUCAAGAUCAAAGAUUUAAUUUCACAUGUUAUCUCUGCAGCAUUGGAGGAUGUAAGUAGAUCCUCUGGCAGAGAGCAGCGGCUGUUCCCGACAGGGAGUCCGUCCUGUCUGAGUCUGCUCGCUUGCAUCAGAGCCGCUGCCGAGGAGGACAGAGGAAGGUCACAACGAAAGUGAGGCUGAAUGUCCAGAAACCGGGGAGCGCUGCCCCUCGGUGUUUCAAGGUCGAGAUGGAAACACAAAUCUCUGCAAAGGACAAAAUGGGGCUGAGUGAGAGCUCAUUUAGCUGUCGGUUAUGCCACAUGGCACUUUGAAAGCAUCAGUCUAUUUCCGUUAUUUUGGGUAGCAACUCUGAGCUGCUUAAUGUGGUGAUCUGAUGUAUACUGUCAUCUUAAGUGCUGAAGGAUUUGCUCCAUGGCUUUAACUUGUAUUCAACAUUUUCUUUAACAAGUCAAACACAAUCGCUGCAUUAGUGUUGUGUGUCGCAUUUAGAUUUCCAAAAGCUUAGACAAUAAUCCAUUACACACUGAUUAAUGAUUGCACUUUUGCUCCGUUGUAUGUGCAAAUGUGCAUCCAAGGCCUAUAGUAGUGAAGGACAGCGUGUCCAUGACGAGUGUGCACAAUGGCCAUUAUUUCAUGGAAGAUAUUUCAGAAGAACGUUCAACAUUUUAUAAACAAUAACAUGCCGAGUGUUUCACUGAUGAGACAAGAAUAAGUUGGUGCAAUUUUUGACCAUAUUUAACCCUUCCCUUCUAUUCGUUGGAAGGUGUUGAAGAAAAACCGCUGUGAAGAAAAUCUACUCUGAUUUGAUCAAUGUUUCUCCCUUAUAAAAAGGUGAUCGUAUUGUC